UGCCAGAGGCACAGUGACCUAGCUGAAUACACAGCAUUAGAUGAUGCCGUGCUGAACGAGAUCCGCACCCUUGUCCACCCAUUGUACUCGCCGGUGCCAACAUUCCCCGUCGUCACGGGCACGAUCACAGCCGAGUCAAGGGAAGAGCUUCGCAAGAAGGUUAAGGUAACAACCGUAAACGACCAAACUGUCGUCACCCGUGGGAGGGUUACGGCGAGAGCACACUUCACGGUGGCAGCUGGCAAUGGGGGUGAUAUCUCAGGCCGGGGGGCUUGGGGCAUGGAGGCGAGUGAGUUGGACCUGCCACGGCCGAAGAUCACGUACGCUCACGGCGGCGGCUGUGUCUAUUCCCCAGAGCCAGAAGUGGUGCUUAAGCCGAGGGCGGCGGUGGUCGCGAUGGAUCAGUACGCGAGGGAGAGGCUGAUGAACAUCACCGCGUUGCUGGACAGCGGCAUCAGUUGCAAUCUGGGGGCCGAUCUCGACAUCGGCCCGGACGCUGACAUGGAUUCUCUGUUCGGUGAUGUUACCCAAGGCUCGAACUCCACUUGUUGCACCGCGGAGACGCCCUCAGGCCCAGACGCGUCCAUAUGGCCAGCCACUUUGCCGUCCAGCGGGUUGACUGGCGACGAGUGUGCCCCUGGCAGCAGGAGAGAUGAUACACCCUCGACUAGCACUCCGCAGAGCUUUUCCGGCAGACUGGAUAAAACUCCUAGCAUGCUCUCCGGACCAUCGCAACUUGAAAAGGCCGUUUUCUCCCACGUCACAAACGCCAUUUCAGACAACUAUUGGUCACGCAGACAAGAUUGCCUUAGACAGCAAGGCGAGGAGGCUCAGCAGGAGUACGAGAGGAAACUGAAAAGUCGGAGUCAAUCGCCCCUCGCUAUUGAGCAUGCGCUACAGGGGAAGAACCAGAUUGGGGCUGAACACCAUGCAGCCAAGCGGAACGACAGCGUCUCUAUGGCCAUGGAUCAAAGUACCCCGGCGACUCUGGCCCGACGUGCGAUCCACGCCGCCGCUGAGCGCGAGGCUUGGGCCCUCCUGCACGCCGAGAAGGAGCGGUUGCAAGCAAGUCUCGCCACCAGCUCCCUGGCCAAGGGGCUGUACUUCAAGCGGUGUAAUGGGCAGUGGGUCAAUGCAGUGGACGAUGUGCUCGUCGUCGGCAGUCGUGGCGAUCGGAACGGCGACGAAGGAGGCAGGGUAUUUUGUGGCACGGGAGUUCGAGACCUACAGGGCGAUGAAGACGUGUGUGGCGAGAAGGUGAUGGAAAAGGGGAAAGCGGCGGCGAAGGCGACGGCGACGAAGGAUGAUCAGCUUGGAAGCGUUCAUGGCAAUCAUCACCCUUCCCAAGGCCACGAUGAAGAAGAGGCCGAAGCAGACUCGUCAACGCCGAGCAUGACCAUGAGCAGUACCACGGAAACCACAAGCAUCUCGAGCAUCUCCCUCGCAAGCCCGGUUCCAUCCUCCCGCAGCAGCAGCAGCCUUGCCCGACCAUUGACAACUACACCAUGCAACACCGUCGAUUGCCCCGAAGAGUACGAAAGCGUCGACACAUCAAAGGCCGGAUACGGCUACGCCCUCCUCCACCACGGCGACGCCACGCAGAGUCUUGUGAUUCCAAGUUCCUCAGCACUAGCAUCAUCAUCAUCAUCACCGUCGUCACCGUCGUCGUCGUCACCGUUACACUUCCCCUCCGCUGCGGCCGGUCGGGCUCGUCUCUCUCACGACACCCCGUCGUUCGAAUACCUCGUGCUCCAGGGCCGCGAACAACUAGUCCGCUCCGGGCAGUGCACGGAAGAGGACCUCUGCAUGACGAGCUGGGGACACAACCGCUUGUCGAGAACGCUAUGAUGAGGAGCCAGCCAUAGGCAGAGUUCGCUCAAGGUGACGACGGAUGCGGACGAGCGACUGGGAAAAAAACGGGGGCGGGAAAAAGGAUUGGAUGGGGCCCAAAGCGAGGAGUAAGCACCCAACAACAUCACAAAAUCUAAGGGCGAGACAGCAGAGCAUAUUCGAGUUUGAAUUCGCAUAGUUUUUGGUCUGAAAGAACUCUACCUAGCCUUUGGCUCAACACUUGUUAUCAACAUCAACACCAGCCACCAAAUAUCCUCUACUGCACUGAGUCACAUGCAGCUACGCCGCACUUACAAGGACGCCGCACGAGCUGCUGUGGUGACAGUGACACUUUUGCCUGGUCGUCUCACGCGAAAGGUCAGAUAGACAACUAGGAUGAGCAUGGAAAAUACAGAGAUGACGAAAAUAUCAUCAAGCAUGGCGUCACGCAAAUGGAGAAACAAUG